AUGUCUAUCCAUGUGGUCCGCAAGAUAUCCGAUGAUGCCCAGUUCAAGCGGCCUGCUUGCGUGGCCUGCAGCAAGGCCAAGCGCAGGUGCACCAAGCAAGCUCCCGCGUGCCAUCGGUGUCGAACGAAGAGGAUCAGAUGCGACUACCCUUCAUCUCGCGUUCUCCUAUCGCCGCCCUUGGCGACGUCUUCAACUUCUGAGGAGACCUCCCAAGUAGACCUUGGUGCUGUGUUUGGUUUGGGUGACGCGACCGAGGACUCCGACGCGACGGCCGAUCAAAUCGCGGCAGAUGGAAUCGACCGCUUCGGGGCCAAGUUCCUCGAAAGUCCGUGGUUUCUGAGCGCAUCGGGCUGGGAGAUUGACAAAUCUUGCUCAAAUGCGGACAAUAGUAUCGCCUACAUGGACUCGGGGCUCGACUUCUUCGUCGAUCAAUUGCGGCUGUGGCUGGAUCAGUGGACGACGGACAAUCACUGUCCGUUCAUCCACGCUCGCCUCUAUGGAGACGAGCUUCCAUGCCCGCUCCAAAAUGCAUACGCGGCAUGGCUAACGUAUAGAUCACCCGGCGCAAUCAAGAAGCGAAGAAUUGCGCUCCAGAUGGGGAUAGACUGGUCGAGAAACAUUGUGGAGGAGCAGUCUAUAUAUGACGGGCUCGGCAAAGAAUCCAUCAAGACCUUACACCAUCUCUGCAGGACGCAGGCGCUCAUUGUCUUCCAGCUGAUGGGGCUUUUUGACGGCGACAUCAGAGCUCGCGCCCAAGCCGAAGACACAUCUCGUACGGUUCUCAAAUGGGCCGAAGGCCUCAUCCAAAGUGCCGUGGCGGAUGUCACAGCUCAGCAUCAUCCCGGGCGAAGUGACCAAAUCGUCCCAGGGCCGAUGGCACUUCGCUCCGAUGGAAGUCUAGACUCCACCUGGAAAGCAUGGGCUCUGUCGGAAUCUAUACGGCGGACAUGGAUAGUUGCAAAUCUGCUAGAGGCGGCGUUCCUCAUCCAGAAACAGGGCUUUGCUAUCUGUCCGGGAAGUAUUGGCUUCACCGGCAAGAGUGGCAUGUGGAACGCGUCUUCACCGCACGAGUGGCUCAGGAGUGUACAGGCCAAGACAACCACAAAUCUCGUAGUAUUUUGCAGAGGACUAGACAAGCUACUUACUAACGGCAAACCUCCUGAUGUUGAUGAGUUUAGUCAAGCUCUGCUUACAUAUGGCUGUGGGCGGGAGGCGGUCGUGGACUGGUUGGCAUCUCAAGUAUAG